GAGCAAUAGGGGAGAGCAUGACUAGAAUGUUAUGUUUUUCAUAACAGUAGUUUUCCCCCCCCCCCCCAAUAGGAGUGGGGUGGAGUUUGCCGAUAAAGCACAGAAAUAAACGCUGAAACACAGCACUGGGAGAGUGUACACAGCUUGGAGAAAGGAACAGGAACGUAACAGCUGGAGGGGAAGAAGGACAAUAGGGCGUAGACUUCAAAAUCUCAGGAGAGAUGAUCAAGUCCUUCAAACAGAGAUUUUUGUCGCUGGAGCUGCAGUCACCCAGGUGGAGCUCAGCAGAGAUCACGGUGCAAGAUUACGAGCUGCGUCACUAUGAGACGGCCAAAUGGGCUAGCACAGUAAUUAAAGGAAAGAUGCAGAAGGAGGCACUGCGCCAGGGCUUCUGGAAACUCUUCUACUACAUUCAGGGGAAGAAUGAGAAAGAGAUGAAGAUUGAGAUGACUGUGCCGGUGACGUGCCUGGUGAAAUCUGGUUGCACGGACUUCAAGGUCUCAUUCUUUGUGCCAUUCGAGCAUCAAGACUCCCCCCCACAGCCCACAGACCCAGACGUCUUCAUCGAGGAGCGGAAGGGAGAGGCCAUCUUUGUCAGGUCCUUUGGUGGGUUUGCCUCUCCAGAGAAAUAUGCUGAGGAAGCCCAGGCACUGGCAAGAAUCCUAAAGAGUGCAGGUCAGUCAUUCCAUGAAGACUUCUAUUACACUGCUGGCUAUGACAGUCCCUUCAAGCUCUUCAAUAGGCACAAUGAAGUGUGGUAUUUCAAGAAGUAAUACUGGAGUGUUGGAUGAAGACAGACCUUGCUUGUGCCUUUUGCUUCCAUGAUUUUGUAUGUACUGAAGAGACUCUUUACUCAUAGAUUUGUGUACGUGCUAACCACUGUAAAGAGACCUCCCCAUUCCAUUUUACCUAGGACUAUAGAUCAGACAGUGGCUUCAAAAACCUGUCUCUCAAAUUUAUGUGCUCCUUAUGCAGAAGGCUGCCUUUGUUUUGAAAUUUUAGUCGGUUCAGACCUGCUGCUCUCUCAGGGGUAGCAGGUGUCUCCCCAAAUCCAUUAAACAUAGGGAACAGCUGUGAUGUGAAAGUGUACAAUUUGUGACAGUGAUUUAGGAGCUUCUGAAAAAUUGUACCCAAAACAAAAGGUAGAAAAAUCCCCUAAAGAUGACUGCUGCUGCUCCAGCUGCUACUGUGUCUGAAGGUGAAGCUAUGGGAGGACAAAGGCUACUACCUUGUCAAUUAGGUUUGAUGACACUUGCAUCCAAGUAUAGUCACUGUUGUGGAUGCUUGUUUUAUCCUGUCCUCAGCAGUGGGACACCCAUUUUUGGAACUGUCUGACAGCAAUUGUUAAACCCUGUUAUUUUCAGAGCAAUGACCCAGGCUGUUGGAUACACACUGGAGGAAGCUACUGGUGCUAGCAUUAAAUAUACCAGUUUGUACCACUUGUGUGUCUUCAGGUGGAAGAUAAUUAACCAUUUGCACAACAGGUGUUUUUCAUUUACACUGAGUAUGGUAUUAAUCACUCUAGAUGAGGAACUGAGAUUUACAAGUGCCAAAUCUUUCAUUUACACACUAGUCUCCUAAUGACCUUUUCUCUUUAUACAAUAGUAUGUGUACCUGUUAUUAACUGCUGUACUUUAACAGUGAGAAUGGCUUUUGUAGAGUGACUUAUCCUGUGCAAUGAUAUUUAGGAGCAAAAAAAUAAAUAUCUUCUGUUCCUGU